AAAUCUAACAAUUGACUAGUGCACAAAUUCAAUAAAAGUGUAAAAACGAUGGCGAAAAUCAGAUACCAUUUAAUUUGCAGCCUAAACGUAAUAUUUUUAUAAAUGUGUGCAAAAAUGCAUAGAAGGAUACUCACCUGGUUGGAGAAUUUAAAUCUAGAAAUGUUUCUGCUUUGAAGCACAGACGGAUGUUUGUAUCGCAACAGAUGGUUACCAAAAAAGCAGCUCUGUUCUUUUUUGAUGUGAAUGACUUCGGCCCAAGAAGAAGAAGAAGUGACACACGUACUGCGUUGUCUAAAUAUUUUGUGAAAACAAAGGACGCUACUUGCAAAUAGUUGAAGUAUACUUGCAAAAUUCAUUCCGUUACAGCAGAAAAAAACAGUAUUAAAAAUAAAAUGCCGGCCGAUCAAAUACAAUACUCGGAGAAAUACUUCGAUGCCACUUAUGAAUACAGACACGUUAUACUACCUCCGGAUCUGACAAAGUUGGUGCCCAAAUCCCAUUUGAUGAGUGAAACGGAGUGGCGGAAUUUGGGAGUGCAACAGAGUCCUGGUUGGGUGCACUAUAUGAUACAUGCGCCUGAACCUCAUGUUAUACUCUUUCGUCGUCCACGAACGGAUCUGCCGGAAACAAGUACGAAUGCAAAUAUGUCGGGAGGAGUCAAUGGUUCCGAGAAGGCCACAACAAAAACUAAACAAGUGAAUGCCAACAACAACAGUGAUGUAUCAGUACAUGGAUAAAUUAGUGUUCCUUAGCUAACGUGAGCUACAAGCACGCGCACCAUCAUAAAACACAUAAAUACCUGUAAGAUUUUGUUUUGAAUACUUUUGUUGAUUUUUACACAUUUGUGUAAAGGAAAACCUCUUUGCUGCUUACUUUUCCUAAGCAGCUAAAAAUGGAAUUGCCCAUUAAAAAUGCAUGAAUUACUCAGCGAUACCAAUCAAAGAAUUUUAUUUAAUUUUAAACUUACAUAUAUGAAGCCACAGAUAAACUAAAUACUGGCAUUAAUUGUUCUAUAAAAGAGAAAUAUGUGUAUGUACAUGCAUGUGUAAUAUGACAGAAUGCAAGUUAAAAAAGUUUGCACAUAAUUUUAAGGAUUUUUACUGAUAUACAUAAUUAAAUGUUUGUCCUUUUUUAUAACAUAACAUACAGAAUAAAUGUUUAUUAUAUAAACUGGA